AUGGCAACUCCGAAGAGUCUCUCUUUCACCAUCAUCGGCACGACAAAAGCCUUUCUUCUUCUUCUUUUGGUUGUUACUGGAGCAGUGAUUCUUCCUUUCUGCGAUUCCACAUUUCUCUAUGCCUUUCCGAUUGGCUCAUUAACUGCUAGAAAAGCUCCGACACUCAAUGAUCGUCCAAUUAUUGGUAUUAUGGCACAACCCACUGGAUCUGCUCUCAGUCGGUUUGGAAAGACUUAUAUUGCUGCUUCCUAUGUCAAGUGGAUUGAGUCUGGAGGUGCCCGAGUGGUUCCUAUUCCUUAUAAUUUGCCAGAAAGUGAAUUGAGAAGAUUAUUUGAAUCCUUGAAUGGAGUGGUAUUUCCUGGUGGUGGUACUGAUCUCACUAAUGAUGAUGGUUCUUGGACACCCUAUUUGAAGAGUUUAGGAUUGUUUGUGAAUUGGUCCAUUCAAUCCUUUAAUAAUGGAGGAGAUUAUUUUCCAAUUUGGGGAACAUGUCUUGGAAUGCAAAGUUUAUCAAUUAUUUUGAGUGGAAAUCCAUACAUUCUCGAGGGUGGAUUUGAUAGUUAUAAUAUUAGCAUGCCACUCAAUUUUACUCAUUCCAUUCCUGAGACGAGACAAAUCAGUAGAAUUUUCAAUACUUGUCCAUUGACAUACAUGACUACUUUGAGUACCAAGGCUGUCACACUCAAUAAUCAUCAUUAUGGUGUACCCAUCUCUAAUUGGAAUUCCAAUCAAAAAAUUAAUACUGAGAAUAAUUUAUUAGCUACCAAUAGAGAUCGAAAGGGAAGAGAAUUUGUUUCACUUUUUGAAAAUAAGAGAUAUCCAUUCUUUGCAUCACAAUUCCAUCCUGAAAAGAUUGCUUUCGAAUGGUGUCACGAAGAUAUUGAUCAUUCCUAUGAUAGUUUAUUAGCAAAUCAAUACUUUUCCCAAUUCUUUGUGAAUGAAUGCAGAAAGAGCCAACAUAAAUUCAAAACUGAAUCAGAUGAAUUGAAGGCUCUCAUUUACAAUUACACUCCAGUGUACACCUAUCCAGUAGAGCCAGAUUUCGCUCAAUGCUAUUUCUUUUAA